AUUGACAAUGACAGUGUAUCUUUUGCCCUCGUGCCGACGUGUUGUGCUGCCUCGUCUGUGCUGUGUGCUGUCUCGUCUGUGUCGUGUGCGAAGCGAGUAGCGAAGUCGUUGGGAGCAAAGAAUUAUUAUUAUUACUAUUAUUAUUGCCUAUUGCGGAGCGCCAUUUUAUUAUUCUUAUUAUUAUUGCCGCCGCACAGCAACAGAAAAUACAAGAACUGAGCGAAACCAAAAACAUUUUACCGAACAACUCGAAGAAAUCGCAAAAAAAACGCACAAAAUCGCGCGCGCAACGGAUCGGGUUCCCGCGUUACGGUUACGUUUACGUUUUCGCCUCACAGCAGUAAAAAAAAGUAGCCUCCAUGAACCGUCAAGGGUAGAGCGUGUUUCAACGGGUACGUUCCUGUUGCAGAGGGGAUCCCGACGAUCCCCUGUCCGUAGCCGUAGCUGUAGCUGUCCCCCUCUCAACACCACCCACAAGAGAAGAGCAAACACUACCCACUCCCACAUGUACGUUGUGCCGUCGCUAAAACGUCUGAGAGUUUUCCCCCUGUUUCGACAGCAACUAAAGUUAAUUGCGUUUUCAUUUUGGUUCAGGAUCUAGUUACAUAUAUAGUAUGUAGAAGCAGCUGUGAUAAAUAGUGCGCAUAUUAUACGAAAAGCAAAAAGAGUAUACGACAACAACAACAACAACAACCAAUAACACCCUAAGCAAAACGGAAAAAAAGGAAAUCAAUCGGAAAUUGGAAAUCUAAAGAAGGAAAGAUCAAGCCUAAGAGGAUAGGAUCGAUCGACGAAGAGGAAGCUACUCUAGUAGUUCGAGCCAUGGAUUUAUGACAACUACAACAAAAAUUGCAAAGCUAUGUGGCAACAACAGCCGCAACAAUACAGCAGUAUACUAAGAACAAAAACAGCAACAACAGCAACUAAAGCAACAACAAAUUGUAUACGAUUUUUAUAAACCAAAACAUUACAAUAUUAUAUGUAAAUAACAAACAAAAACUCAAUCGAAAAAAAGAAGAAAAAGAUAAGUUCUUAAGAGAUCUCCCGCUUAACAACAACAACUAAAACAACAACGCGCGCGUAACAACAACAACAACAACAACAACAAGUAUACAAGCAACAAAACAACAACAACAAAAAACGUAAUAAUAAUACAUAAAUCUUAACGAAUGUGCCUGUGUUAAAAGAAAAGAAAAAAAAUAAUAAAAGUAUAUUGUAAAAGAGUGCAAAAAUAAUACAACAAAAAAGAAAAGAAAAGAAAAAAUAAAUAAAAGCAAAGAAAUCCCUAAAGAAAACGCCGGAAAAACUACUAUACGUGAUUUUUCCGCUGUAACACUAUUUUUGAGUGGAGCAAAAUAUAACAGAAUUUCCAGAGACCCCAAAGCAGGAGGUCCCCAAACAACAGAUCUGCCAGAAUAAGAGCCCCAAGCGUCGAGGAGCCACAACUGGAAGAGUCACAACGAGGACCAGACACAAGGGACGCGGGCCCCGCCGUCGAAUUGUGUGUUGUGUCGCCCCACAGUCUUCUCUACACCAAAAGUGGCACAAAUCGGGUUAGACGUCGCUCCCAGAGCAUUAAUGGCUCAGCCCAGGUAUGACGAUGGCCUGCACGGCUACGGCAUGGACUCCGGUGCCGCGGCGGCGGCUAUGUAUGAUCCACAUGCUGGACAUCGGCCGCCCGGCCUGCAAGGCCUCCCCUCGCACCACUCACCGCACAUGACGCAUGCCGCGGCGGCUGCGGCCACAGUCGGCAUGCACGGCUACCAUUCGGGGGCCGGGGGUCAUGGUACACCUAGUCAUGUAUCACCGGUUGGUAAUCACCUAAUGGGCGCAAUACCCGAAGUACACAAACGUGAUAAGGAUGCGAUUUAUGAACAUCCGCUAUUCCCGCUAUUGGCGCUCAUAUUCGAGAAAUGCGAAUUGGCCACAUGUACGCCGAGGGAGCCCGGGGUGCAAGGUGGCGAUGUUUGUUCAUCGGAAUCGUUUAACGAGGAUAUUGCAAUGUUCAGUAAACAGAUAAGAUCACAGAAACCCUACUAUACCGCAGAUCCCGAAGUCGAUUCACUGAUGGUGCAAGCAAUACAAGUACUUCGGUUUCACCUUUUAGAAUUAGAAAAAGUACACGAACUGUGCGACAACUUCUGUCACCGCUAUAUAUCGUGUUUAAAGGGUAAAAUGCCAAUAGAUUUAGUGAUCGACGAACGGGACACCACCAAACCACCAGAACUCGGUUCGGCAAAUGGUGAGGGACGGAGUAACGCCGACUCCACAUCGCACACCGAUGGAGCUAGUACACCAGACGUUCGGCCGCCAAGCUCAUCGCUGUCCUAUGGCGGAGCAAUGAACGACGACGCCCGAUCGCCGGGCGCUGGUAGUACACCGGGUCCCUUGUCACAGCAGCCACCUGUCCUAGAUACAUCAGACCCUGAUGGUAAGUUCUUAUCAUCACUCAAUCCUUCAGAACUAACAUAUGAUGGACGAUGGUGUCGAAGAGAAUGGUCCUCACCUGCCGAUGCUCGCAACGCAGACGCCUCCAGGCGACUGUAUUCCUCAGUCUUCCUUGGUAGUCCUGACAACUUUGGAACGAGUGCAAGCGGUGAUGCCAGCAACGCCAGCAUAGGAAGUGGCGAGGGCACCGGCGAGGAGGACGACGACUCGAGCGGCAAAAAGAACCAAAAGAAACGUGGCAUUUUCCCAAAAGUAGCAACCAACAUAUUGAGAGCGUGGCUGUUUCAGCAUUUAACGCAUCCCUACCCCUCGGAGGACCAGAAGAAACAAUUGGCCCAGGAUACAGGCCUAACGAUACUGCAAGUGAAUAAUUGGUUCAUCAAUGCGCGGCGAAGAAUUGUCCAGCCGAUGAUCGAUCAAUCCAAUCGUGCAGUCUAUACACCGCAUCCAGGUCCCUCCGGCUACGGGCACGACGCCAUGGGCUACAUGAUGGACAGCCAGGCGCAUAUGAUGCAUCGUCCGCCCGGCGAUCCCGGCUUCCAUCAGGGCUAUCCGCACUACCCGCCAGCCGAAUACUACGGCCAGCACUUGUAAUGCAGCGGCCAGCCGACAGGGGCGGUCGGACAGGCAGCGGUCGGACAGGCGGCUGAGCCAAUCGCUGGAUUCGAGCAGCUGGCCGACAGCGAACAAGCCAAAAUCAUAGCUUAAAUUUACUACUACCCAGCGGAACGGAGCGCGGAUCAUCAUCAGCAGGAGCAGGAGCAGCAGCAACAGGACACAUGGAGAGGACCCCGGAAUGGACCUGGAUCAUUCCGAUCCCAUCCAAAAACCAAGUGGCAAUAUCAGUCAAGUUAUAGGAAAAGCAACAAAAUACAAAAAAGCAAAGAACAAGUGUAGUAAAAUCUUAAAAAUGAUAUUCGCUAAGCAGAAAACAGACGCAACACCAGAAGCAACAUCAGUAGCAACAUCGCAGAAGCAACACCAGAAACCACAAUUUUAAAGAAACGAAACUAUUUGUGUGUAUACCUUAAAAAAACAAAAACAAAAAACAUAAAUAACGCAGCAGAAAAGCGAAAAAAACGAAGAUAUUUAUGCAUAAACAAAAUGGAACGCUUAGCUAUAAGUUCAAUAAAACAAAAUGAAAGCCAGAACCCACACAGAUACAGAUGCAGAUACACACAAACCCAAACACAGCCACAACAAUUUGAAAUGCAAAUUUUUUUGGUUCAAAAAUGCAGAUGAAACAUUUUUAUUAAAGCAUGAAUUUAGGCGCAAACUGAAACACAGCACACCAGAAAUUAAAGCGAUUUUGUUGUUUCAUUUGAAAUUGAGUAGAUUUUAGUUUGAAUUUUAGUAAAUGCCCCGCCCCGCAACGCCCCGAACAGGCACCAGAACCAGAACCAGCAGCAGACAAAAAGCAGGAGAAAUUUUGAUCAAUUUUUGAAUAUAAAUCAUUUGAAUGAGCAUAUAAUUUGUGGAAUAUGAGGAGAGAUUGAGAUCGAGAGUGGAGAGGAGAAUUCUUUGCUAGUUUUUAGUUACUUUUUAGUUAUGUAACGAGUCAGUUGUCAGUUAUAUAGCCCCCCCUUUAUGCAUAUGUAUAUGUACAUACAAAAAACAAACCGAUAACUAACUAUACAUAUGAGUAAAUAUAGAUACGAUACACCUAGAACCCUAUCUAUAGGCGAUCCUACGUUUAGACGAUUAAUUUUAAAUAAAUUGAAUUGUUUUCUAAUUUUACGCCUUGCAACACUUAAGUAAAAAACGAAAUGGAAUUUAAUUUUUACAAAAAAAAAA